GCAAGGUUAAAUGUAGCGAAAACAUUGUUGGAAUUUUUUUAAAUGUAAAGAAACUGAACGUUAUCCCGAACUAUUUUGGCGGUCGUUAAGACGAAUGAUGAUUUGUCACCAUUCUAAAAGUUUAAAAAGACAUUCCCUUAAUCAGAUUAACUCUGUCAAGAAUCUCAUAAGUGAUUUCGAAGGGAACAUAUCACAAAGACACUUUUCACUUGGUGAUUUACCUCAGGAAUCGCAACUGAUGUUUUUGGAAUAUGUUAGAACGUAACUGUGAACAGAAGGGAUAAAAAAGUAUUAGUCUCGUUAAACCUCUUGAAAGCCAAAAGCUUGAAAAGAAAUUUUUGUCAGUUUCGGACCGGUAUGUUCACAAUUUCGGUUAAUGAAGAUUCUGGGACUUUUACACAAAGAAAUAGUGCGACAUACAAUUAGUUGUGUCUUUGACUUUAAAUCUAAAAUAUCCGAGAUGAAUGUGAGGGAUGAACGAAUGUUAUCCAUGAAUGUACAUCACAAAUGUACCACUUAUAGAAACGGUAGAUUAUAUUUGUCAAGAAAUCACUGAAAGGCAAAUGGACUUAGAAAUUCCUUUGUGUGGCCUCAAAGAAUUACUCCUUAAAUGCACAAUGAAUGUGUAUUUUGUCUUCAAUAAUUCAUAUCACCGACAAGUAGAUGGAAUAGCUAUGGGUUCAUCAUUAGGCCCAACAUUAGCUGACUGCAUCCUUGCUAAACUUGAAAACGGGAGAUUGGGAGAUGUUAUCAAGGAGUUGGAUAUGUAUUACGGCUAUGUCGAUGAUACAUUUAUCUUAGUUGAUGGGAAUGCAAACAUAGAUGAAUUAUUGGUGAAAUUCGACAAUAUCCACCCUUUGCUUACUUUUACUUGUGAGGAGGAGCAGGAUAGUAAACUACAUUUUCUGAACGUUUGGCUAAAUAGGUAAGAAGAUAGGUCACUUGCGAAAAGUGUCUAUGGAAAAAUCAUAUUCACAGGGC